AGCAGCAGCAGCAGCAGCUCAGCCCAGCCUCUGUUCCUGUUGAUGUUGUCAAAUGUGAAAGUGAAGUUUUGUCAGCUGGAGCUGGGCAGAGUCAGACAGCAGGAGGUCGCAGGAAUGUAAGCGCCGGCUCCCACAGGCUUGUCCACAAGGAAAUGGACGAGAUAAGUCCUUUGUUGGGCAACCAACCACCGGAGAGCCCCGAGCUUCUGUCUCCAAACCUGAGGCCGAGACACCAGGAACUGAUCCCAACACCAUGCGGACCGAUAAAGCCCUGGUCGGAGCUGUCAUGUCUGCUGAAGCUCUAUUUCUGCUUCACCCUAGCGUCUCUGCUGGCGCUGCUCGGCCUCACCCUGACCAGCAUCUACAAGCAGCGCAUGGAGAAAGACGCGUCUGAUGAGGACAACUUCACUGUAUCUCUCAUCCAGGUGGUGGGAAUCCUGUUCUGCAUCUACUACAUCAGCCGUGGCGUGCUGCAGGAGAACAGACAGGAGCUGGUGGUGUUUGUGCUCAGCGUGUUGGUGGUCAUGAUUCGAUCAGUGGUCAACUUCUCCGUGCUGGGGUCAAAGGGCAAGCAGGAGCUGCUGGUUCGUUUUGUGUGCGUCAUGUGUCUGGGUGUGGUGCACGUUUUCUGCACCUCGCUGCUCAUCCAGAGGCCCAACAUGAUGGCGUUCCGUGUGGGCGGAGCCUUGGAGAGCCUCCAGGAGCAGUACUUCCUGCUCAACCUCUGUUUCUCCAUGGUGACCUUUGACCUACAGGCUCAGUUGUGUCUGUGUAUCCUGAUCACGACGUCGGACUCGGCCAUGUCCGCUCGCAACAGCAUCAUCCUGGGUGUCGGAGUAGUCUGGGCCUGCCUGACUGCCGCUGUAGGCGCUGUAGCAGUUUUAAAGGAAGCCAAGGUCUUGGUUUGGGUCUUCAUGGUGCAGAACCUUCCUCAAGUAGCCUUCUUUGUUUAUCUGAUGUAUACGGUGGGAGUGAAAUGGUUUCAGGACAGCACGUACACCCUGGAGGCAGCUGCUGUCACUGGAGCCUUGAUUUCACUGGUGAUUAAAGUGGUUUUAUUCUGGGGCCUCAUCAGACUGGUGCACAGUUUUGGCCAAGGCCUGAGGGAGAGAAUGUUUGCAUCCAGCAAGUGAUACAACACCCAGUGGUCGUGGACCAAGGACACAGCUGCAUGCUGAGGGCCCAACUUUAAAAAAGUUUAACUCUGUGGAGCUUUUAUUUACCAUUAAUUCCACCAAAAUGACCAGUCAGCCGAGAUCUUUUUAAACUCUUCUUUUUAGCCUAAUGUGCUGUCUACUGUAUAGAUUUAAUUUAAUUUAGCUGGUAUUUCUUUUUUUCAGUGUGCCUUUUUGUGUCUACAGGAUGUAAAGCACCACAAAUCAACUGUAAGACUACACUAAAUACUUUUUGUAUGAAAUUACAUGAAGCACCUUUGUAGCUUGGAUUCAUAAUGGUUUUUAAUUGUUCUCUAUGUGUAGACCCAUGUUUUAUUAAGUGGCCUUCAUCCUCAAUUUAAAAAUGAGUUAUGUUAAUAGGCCUUUUGUUUCAUUUCUUUAAACUGUAUUUAAAGUUGACAGACUUUAGUUUGCUUUUUUAAAUUGUAAUUGUCUAACUUAAAUCUUGUGAUCUGCACUAUCUAGGCUACUUCUUUGGGCAACACUGAAAUAUUUUUAUUGAUAGAUUUUUUUUAAACUAAACUUUCUGCUGCACAUUACUGCACUCACUCAAGUGAUUUUUUUCAUUCAAAGUUCUUAAUAAAAUAUCAAAAUGAGA